CGGAAGCAAGGAAGCGCUGCUCGGUCGCUGGCCCUACCAGGUUCUUCAAUGGAUCCUCGCCGUGCGACACUGCGAACCGUUCCACUGGAGAGGCCCCUUCCUGGUGUCUUGGUGCAGCCUCUCGGGGGACGUCCGGAUAUCGGCGGAUUGACCAACGUUCCUGCGGCCCUGGUACCGCCCAAUGGAAGGUCAAUUCGAAUGAAAAACCCCAAAUUCAUUCAGGAAGAGCUUGAGAUCGAAGGCGACACCUAACUACCAACUGAUCACCGAAGUACGGCAGUUUCGUCGCCGUGGCAUUCUCUGCUGUUCGCCAGACCAGGCCUGUGUCACUGAUCUUCACAAAUGUGCAGCGUUUGCCUCACAUCCGAGCUGGACCUAUGCGCGCACAACUCGACGCUAUGCGGCCUCGAGGCGGGCUGCCACAACGUGAACGGCACCUUCAUCUGCCUCUGCACCAGCGACCUCAAGCCCAAGCGGCCCCACGAGCCCUGCAGCAAGGCACCCGUCGCACAGGGAAACGGAUACCCCCCGAACGGCCCCAGGCAGCCCCACGCCGCAGGAUCCUUCACGCAUCACCAGAUAGCAGGCAUGAAUCGCAAUUUCACCCCCGUCGCAAAGGAGCCGCAGCCGGCGGGCAGCGGCGGCGGUUCGGCCGAGCCGUGGCGUCCGGCCGCGGCGGGCCCCGGGCCCGCCCCCCUGCUGACGGGGCUGCUCGCCGUGCUGGGCACGCUGGCGCUGGCGGGCCUCGUGGUGGCCGUGCUCGUGCGGCGGCAACGGCGGCGGCGGGCAGCACGGCGCGCGGCCACCGGCUCUCUGCACAAGUGCAUGCAGCAGUACGUGACAAACCCCACCUACUACUCGUCGGCUCCGGAGACGCCGCUGCGAAAGGUGCUUCACGACGUCGAGAUAUCGGCCGACUGCAUCCGCUUCGUUGAGGAGAUCGGCGAAGGGUGCUUCGGAAAGGUCCACAAGGCGGUGUACACGCACUCUGACGGCAGCGAGGAGGACGUGGCCGUGAAAGUGCUCAAGGAAAGCGUGUCCAAUGAGGCGCAGGCGGACUUCGAGCGGGAGGUGCAGAUUAUGUCCAGCUUCAAGCACGAGAACAUCCUCAAGCUGCUUGGCGUCGUGUUUAAAGAGUCCGGUACCAUACCCUGGAUGGUCUUCGAGUUCAUGACGUACGGAGACCUGGCGGAGCUGCUCCGAGCCAACGGCUGCGGUCGUGACUCGUCAACCAGGAAACCUCCAACUCAGCUCACUCUGUCGGACCUGCCAUGGCUGGCGACGCAGAUCGCGAGCGGUAUGUGCUACUUGUCGUCCCAGCAUUUCGUGCACAGAGACCUGGCCACAAGGAACUGCUUGGUGGGCCAUGACCUCUGCGUCAAGAUCUCCGACUUCGGAAUGUCCCGCGACAUCUACACCUGCGACUACUACAAGAUACGUGGUUCCCGCAUGCUGCCUGUGCGGUGGAUGGCCCCCGAGAGCAUCAUGUACGGCAAGUUCACCCUCGAGUCCGACGUCUGGUCCUACGGUGUAGUCCUGUGGGAAAUCUUCACCUUCGGAAAGCAGCCCUACUACGGCCACUCGAAUGAGGAGGUGGUGAAGCUGAUCCUGCAGGGCAUCCUGCUGAGCCCGCCCGAGGAGUGUCCCCCGCACGUGUGCACCAUCAUGGCCGGCUGCUGGAAGACAGAGCCGCGCGACCGCCUCAGCUUCAACGACAUCUACAAGCGGCUCGUGGACACGUACCCGCCACCUCCGCCGCCGCAGGACGAGCCGGAGCCCCUCGAGGAAGAGCUGGACAGCGAAGACUACCUGGUGCCCAAGGCACCGGCCGCGCCCCGCCACCAACCCUGGUGAAAGGAAAGCGCACACAACACGGCCCGCGCGUUCAGUUCACCUCCUCUUACCACCAUCCGGAGGCCUGUGACGCUUUUGGAGGCCGUCAGGCUCGCAACCACGCUCACGAAGUGGUUGGCGGGAGUUCACGGUAGUUCAUUGGAAACGACAGUUUUGCCGCUGUUGCUCGCCGAUCGGGUGGUUCACGGUUUGUGUGUGAUGUACGGUUGGUGACAUGGCUGUGGCUACGGCACGGCUGCGUUUCCCCACCCUGGAGCUCAUCGGAAAAGGCGCAACGUUACGACUUCAGAUCGUGAAGUCGAACGUUUUGGAGUAGCAUCUGGUUUUCGCGAACGGCAUGUUACAUCCUGUCGUAAACGCUGCGUCGAAAUGGCCUGACAUGAAAGCGCGACGAGGGGCGUGCGCUAAUUUAAGGUUAUUGUGCUCAAUUUCCUCUAACAACGCCUAGUCAGCUGACGACAGUAUGGUCAGCCGUGCAACUGAGCGAACUAUUACUUCAAAAACUGCGCUCGUGUACACGACGCCUGCUGCAGCCGCUAUCAUAAGCUACAUGUCAUUCGAAAGCUGUACCGCAAUCGCCAUUUGCUGCACACAUCUUGCGGUGUAUGCUCAGAAAUGAAAGUGAAGCAGGGUUGCUGGCAUGGUUAUUUUCUUUCCCGUGCAGGGACGGCUUUGACUGCAGCAGUGGCAAACGUGUCACAUCGCUACAUAAAAUCCAGCUCCUAUUAAUUGCAACACCUUGACGGAGACCUUCAGAGGCUUCUGUUUAAGUUGUUUCAUAUUGACAUUGUUCACGACAGCCUUCACCUCACGGAAUUUAAAAGAGGAACUGUUACCAUUCGCAGGAACUGCUUUGUUAGCAAAUUUGAAGCAACGAAGCAACGAGGACGUAGAAAGAAACAGAUACACAGAGAAGCGCUAUAAUCUGUGUAUCUGUCCGUUUCUACGUGCUCGUUCAGUCGCGCUCAUACACUCUAUCAUGGAUUCUAACCAAAUGCAAUUGCAUUGACUGCGCAAAAAAACAAUAAAAGACGUUUUAAGCGUGCUCGUAAAAGUUGAAUGAAGCAGCCUUGGCCAAGCACCAUCCUUGGGGCUACUUGAGAAAUGCUAGUUUUACGGACAGAUAUAACCGUAGUUCGCUUUCCGUGUGGAGCGGUAAUAAGGCAGUUAUACAUGCUAACGGGUUUGAAAUAUGCUACUGCGCUUGGUGAACGUGUUCCUGCAAACGUGCGUCCGCCUGUAUGCCUGUCGUAAGCGAUUCCUCUCGCGAUACCUCCUUUACCGAUUUCCUUUAGAUGCCACCUGUGGCGCCACAUGCCCCUUUGCGUAAACCAGUCUCGCUGUGUAAUCUGUUUGGAGUACAUGCACUCUCACCUGUAUAUGCUUCUAUUUCGUUUGUUCGAGCGGUGUUCGUGUUUCUAUUUAUUCUAUUUAUUUCCUAGCGUGUAUACACAGUGUCGCGGUAUAUCUGUCUGUGUACAUAAACUGCAUCACUGCAUCCACAUAUGUGCGUAAGUCACGUCUGUCAUGUCUGUACAGUGUUGCAUUAGAUGCUCCAGUCUGUUAGCCAACGCGCCGGCGAAAGCACAAAGUCAUGUUGAGUGCCACACAUAACAAGCCAGAACGGCUAACUUGGUGGAGCUACGGUGAUCCAGAAGGAACUGUAGACUGUGUUGGCGAAGGUGUCAUGCAUGUGCGACGCCUCACGCAGGUAAGCACCGCGAGCCAACCUCGAUCGCUUAUUGCUGCUCAUUCAUUCGCCUAAAGAAACCAGCGCAGUACAGUUCCCUUCUUAGAAGCAUUUUCUGCGUUAUAUAUGAAGGCAGUGCCACUCCACAUGCGUGCUCGUAAGUGGAAACACCAUCGCACUCAUGCGAUACUUAACGAAGCGACGGCGCUUGGCAUUAAAUUCGCUGGCUGGGUUUCAGAGUUCUUUCACGCUGCUGCAGGUGCCCCGGAAAUGUCAUCACGGUGCGCGGUAACACCUCGUUAAAGUCAAUUUGAGGCCUCCUAACAGCGGCGACACAGGCCCGAACUGUAGCGCGCUUUCCCGAAGUGACACAGCACUGCGGUCUGCAGAACGCAUAACACUUGAAGCUAUGGAACACCGCGCAUUCCGUGGGCCAUUGCAGGAUCGAGUAAGCAGCUGUGGUGUCGCUGACUGCCCCGAGUGUGAAAACGCGCAGCAGGGCAAGCUUGCACAGUUGCAAAGAACACGCAGUCCUUCUGGGUCACCGUGGCACAUUUCUGUACCUUACUAUACUGACAUAAUCACAUUACGACAACCGUCCCUGCCUAAGGGCUACUCUGGAAAGCAUAUCCCAAGCGAACGCAGUCGAGUUCCUUUCAAAGACGGCUUCGUUGAGGCCGCGUGCAGAACCACUGUGAAGCGAGGUUUACGUAAAACUCGAAAUAUUUGUCAUCAAUACGACUCUACGACGGCGGUUACAUUUGAGCAAAGCUCGCGCGAAUAUCAUGUUGAAUAGUAACGGCUUUACGGGUGUUUCUCUUGUUCGUUGUUUUGUUCAGUUCGCCAGAGUCUACGAAUGCAGUGUCUGUGAUAGAUAUUUGUCCUGACGAAAAUGUACGCAUCGGGGUAAAUUUAUUUUUUAUUUUUAGAUAUUGAUGCACAAUAUUGAGAUGUUGAUGCAUAGAAAGUUCACUCUACUGAACAGUAUAGCAUACUCCUGUUGCUUAUUUUUGCGUUACGCCGGCAGCAGGUCAUGCGACAAAGUGUUCAGCGAGUUAUAAAGGCAGGCGUUGUUCAUGUUCGCAUUUUGGCGAGCGCAACGCGACAACAACCACCAUUUGUGUCGUAACAUCUGUUCGAAAUCAUAAGCACAAGCGGAUAGGCUAAGCUACGCACAUUGAAAUACAGCUUCUGCUUGUUCUCCGCUAAAGCCGGUGCCUGACGGCAGAAUUGCUCAACACUGUACUUGUUUUAUUUUCCUAUAUUUUUCUACGGGUAUUUCUCUUCAAGUUGUGCCGUUUCCCGCCGUAAUUCGCCUCGGCACUUUAUUUACGAGUGGAAUGCCGACUUCAAUACGCACUUGUCUUACCGUAUUUAAGACCAUGCACACACAGCCUUUCUAAUUACCUGGUCAGUGCGUUUCACCAGAAACGUUUAAAAACACGGUUCACCAACUAUUCUUUCAACUCAACGCACUAAAGAAAAAAAGAAAAUGUUGAGGAAAUGGUCAGUCUGUGGCAUUGGCGCCAUCGCAAUAAAGAUCCAAAGAAAAAGAGCACAAAACGUGAAUGCUUAAAUACUCAAUACCAGUUAUCGUAGCAAACGGCAAUGAAAGAUUACAGUUACUAAAUUGGGGGGAAAAAAUGAAACUUUCUCCACGUAUCACAUUAGGCCGUCCGGGUUGCACUUAUUCGUGAUGGUGCGCGAUGAAAUGUUGCACUCAGAUCGAUGAAAGCCCACUUUCCGAGAAACGCCUUGUCCAGCCCGGAACGCGGCGCCAUUUAUCACGCGUUGUGCACAGGUCUCAAACCGAGCAUUCCUUAGCGCGCCUCGCGGUGUAAUUAGUUAGUAAAGCGACGGCAUUAGUCGACGAGCGUCCUUAUCCAGAAAAGCCGCAUAGAGAGACUUACUAUUUAUUUUUUAUGCGGACGCACGCGUACGCACGAUGUCACCACGACGUGUUCCCACGUGCUUACAGGCGCUAAGCGCUGGGAGCGUGGCAUGGUUCUCACGCUGCGCGCUGUCAAAACGUUUCGUGUUAAUCCACACCUUCGGCCGCGAAGUGUGGAUCAACGGCGCGUUCACCCCCUUUCCGAUGCGCGUUCGCGCGAAUCGCGAUCCAUUGACGGUCCCCGUUGGAAUUCAGUGGGACGGGAUGCGCGAACAUAAGCUGCAACUCGGCGACGCCACUCCACCCGACGCACUAUACUCGCAGCAUUCGCGCCGCCGGUCAACCGCCCCAGUGCGGUCACGCUCUAGUCGCCGUGGCACAGUGCGCAGCGCUCGCGUUCGACUGUUGCUCCGAGGCAACUGGAAAUUGUAAUUCCAGAGAUACGGCUCUCUUUUUUUUUAACUCUGUGAAAGCCUUCGUGUACCAUUUUCUUUAUAUGUUUUCUUUUUUGUGCCUGUGGUCACAAAUAAGGGGCAAGGUGCUUAACAUUCGAAACCAACCUUAAAUCCUCGAGCGUAUAUAUUUAUUUUCUGGCCGGUUUGUAUGGGUUUGGAUGGUGGUGCCUGUAGAAUGAAGGGGUGCAUAAUAAUUGAGAAAAUUCUGUAAAUAACGUCGUCCGGUGAAAUUUUGCCUGUUGACCAUGUGUUUCUUCUUUUUUUUUUUUUGACAUCGCUCCUGCAUUAGAAGGCUAGUCGUGCGCCCGUGCUUGAUUCUAUCGGCAGCGUUAGUGCCGAUUAUGCCGCACGCGGCUAUUUGCCUCAAACGCAGCAAUAAGCAUGCAGCUCUACUUUUAGCAAGCCGCUCAUGGAGUUAUCGUAGAGGUUAGUCAGCUCAACAGUUUCAGAAUUUCUGAGCGGUAUUCGCAAAUGGUGGGUCGUCUCAUGGUGGCACUUUGUACUGAUUUCACAUUUGCUGCAAUGUCACUGAACGCAGUAAGUGGUGCAUUUUUUCACUCUGUUCAUGCGCACUGACACACAGAUGCGAUCGCACAUUACCCGUGCGUGUGAUCAGUGACGGCAUAUUUCAGUGAACUACAACAGCCAUGUGCGUUUCGCAUAUGACAGUACACAUUUCACGAUUUUUUUUAUUUAUCUAUUUAUUUUGCUUAUCGAAGCUACACGUGUCUCCUCUCUCACAACAUGUUCUCGGUCAAAAGGUGCGUAAACAGGCUGGAACUUUUGUUAGGAGCUUUCUUGCACCCCGCCUGAUAGAAGACGGUUCGCUAAUGUUGUUCUUACCAAGAUUGAAUGUACGCCGAAUACUCCAUCAGCCAACCAACAAAGCAUCAGCAUUUCAUCCUCACUACAAUGACGAUCGCGAGCACGGGGUCAGCAUGCGAACUGGCUAACUCCACGGUGCACGAAACGCAUAACAUAUCGCUGUUGCGCUUUGUAUUCAUUGGAGCACCAAAUAAUCAUUCAUGUUCCUUCCUUUUUAGUUUAAUCUGAACUUCCACACACACACAAAUAAAAAAUGAAUUGAGAAGGAGCGUUUCGUCGCUACGACUCUCGAACAAAAAUACAGCAUGCAAGCAGAAAUUACUUUUUUUUUUAUUCGUUUCCCCGGUUAGAGAUUUAAAAAUAGGCGCAAACGCAUUGUGGACGCGCUAACAGAUGUUGUAUAGCAUUCUAAUCCUCUCACCAGAAAACGCGCCAAAUAUUGGUCGUUGGACUUUCAUUCUUUUUUAGUGAUGGCCCGGAAUUUCAAAUCAACUCACGUUCACACGACACACGGACCUUUCCGAAGAGAAAAGAUCAUACAAAUGUGAUGUGGCGGAGGCAAGACCGAGCGUAAUACUUCCCCGUCACGGAACUUUUUUUUCUUUUCUUGCUUAACACGCAAGAACAUAAGAUAGCUGGGCAGAAAAGCCACCAUUCCCAUUCGAACGUCUUCCUAACCACUGAAAUGCUCAAACACUGUACUUAGCCCAGCUGCGCAAGGACCGCACGCUUGAAGCCAGAGCGCCACAUAUAUGUUGAGCUAUAGUUUUCAUUGCGAAGUCUGGCCUUAUGAAAUCAUACACAUUGAUGAGCGCCACCACAUGUUCCUUGGCUUGCCCAUUUGAUUGUACGGGCUGUCAGUACGUCCACUUGUACGACGUCAGGGCACAGAACGCAAAAGCAUUCUGUUAUGUAGAGCGAUGUUAGAUCAGCGUUGACGAACGGACAAGAGGAGGUUUAUCAUCAGGUGCAGGCGACGCGCGUACCCAUACAAAAAGCGAGCGUCUUCUUUUUUUUUUUUUUUUGAGGGAAGGGGCGGCAUUGGAUGCACGUACACGUGCAUCGAACGUACGCAUUCAUGAGUGUCCAGGCCAGCUUAGCUUGAUGCACUCUGACGUGCGCCCACGCACCAUAAACACGCGCUUACUUGCGUGCGUACUGACUCAUCUGCGCAAAUGAGAGAGAGUUUCGCUUGGAAUGUACAAAAUUUAAAAAACAACAUUUAUACAGUGUCACGGCUUUUCCUCCAGCACAUGAACGUUCUAAGAGAUGCCUCGUUGUAAUCAUCAACCGGUUGUUUAUUGAAGUCGCAUUUAUAUGUACCUAUGUAUGUCGUCCGCAAGUGCACCUAGUGCACUAAGGCGUGUACAUAUUAUAUAUGUGCGUUCUUUAUCUCCACGUUAUGUUCGAGUCGCGGUGUAAGAACCAGAGAUGAUCCAAAUGCUUCAUUCGUGUGGGGGCAGCUGCGCUAGAUAGGAAGCAGGAACUCUUUUUUUUUUCACUAUUAAAUUAGCAACUGUGUGCUAAAAGUUUGUCCACGCCCACUUCAAUAUCCGAGUGUUUGCGUACUUAAUGGCCUUGGCCCCAUAACUGUUGUCUGCUUUUGCAGACAUGUCGCUUCUGCUGGACAGGCGGCCGUUCGAACUAUACAGGGUGUCCCACGUAACUUGAGCCAAACAUUAAAAAUAUACAAUGCCAUGUAGCUAGACAGAACCAACGUAAUAUUGUUUGCCGUCGCUUGGAGAUACUAAGAUUACUUUUUUUACAUUCCGCUUAAUUAGAUUAUUAGUCUGAAUUAACUUCUAUAAUAUUAUAAUUAGAUGGAAAGUGUCAAUGAGAAAUUGUAGAGCAACAUGGAAAAGUUCCGCUACAGCUUUCUGUUGGUCAGUACGUGCUACAUAAGUCUUUUUCCGAGCGUGAAAGAAGCCCCCAAAUGCACGCAAAAUUGCCGCGCCACUCGCCGCUCGAGGCACUUUGCGUGUUUUCGCGGGCUUCUUUCACGCUCGGAAAAAGACUUAAGUAGCACGUACUGACCAACAGAAAGCUGUAGGGGAACAUUUCCAUGUUGCUCUACAAUUUCUCAUUGACACUUUCCAUCUAAUUAUAAUAUUUGAGAGCUUCAUUAAUUACUUGAGACUAAUUGUUUAAUAUAGGCGGAGUGAAAAAAUAAUCAGAGUACCUCCAAGCGACGGCAAACAACAUUACCUUGAUUCUGUCCAGCUACGUGGCAUUUGCAUAUUUUUAAUGUUCGGCUCAAGUUACGUGGGACACCCUGUAGAUACGCGGAAAGAAAACUACACGAUAUUGGAGACGUGUAGCAUUAUAACGCGCGCAGCUUACGACCAAUCAGAUCGCGAGCUGUGCCUUACAAGUGUGGAGUUCUAAGAAGUUAACUGCUGUCUCAAAUAAUAAUUUAAAAACGUCUGUCAUUAGCUAAACGUAAAGAACAAAGAACUUGGUGCUGCAUGUUGCGCGGAUAUCGAAAAGUGAAGUUUCACCGUUCGUCCGGCUCGUUUUUUGAGCGCUCCGCCACGCCGUCGGAGCUUCUGUUAUUCUUACACCCCGGCACGAACUAGAGAUCACCCUUCGAUUAUUAUCAACAAUGUACGCUUCGGGAACGCCCUGUAUAUAGAUGUUGACGCUUCUGAAACACUCCCCGUUGUAAGCUGCACCGCGCUGCAGGCCGACCAACUCGACAUGUGAAUAAAAGCUUUAUUUAUCGAC